CACGGGCGGCAAUCGAGCCCAACCCAGUGGGAGGGACAGGCGCAAGAGAAAAGGGGAGCCAGGUACCUUGCGGGCGACCCUGCAGCUGAUCUUCUUCAGCCGACUGUCUGGGAGCCGCACGCUUGUCGGGACACAGCAGGAGCCAGAAGAGAAGGCAGAUAAGCUUGCUCUUGGUUGCACGAUCUCGACAACUUGACAUCAAAGCUGCCCCAGCCAUCUGUGACUUGAGCUCUCUGAAGCUGUGAAGCAGCCAGUGGUACACAGAGAGGAGGUGGCGGCAGCGGCGGCGGCAGCAGCUUUAGCAGCAGAUAACCCUGCCCUCAGUGGGUUUGUAUUACCAGAGCAUGCACUGAUUUGCUGCCUUGUCUUUAGACCCAUCCCAACCAUCAGGGCGUGUGGUGCAUGGUGUGUGGAGGAGGGGGGGAAUCCACUGUCUCUGUAAUAAAUGAUAGAGGAUACAAUGACUUUGCUCUCUCUGCUGGGUCGGAUCAUGCGUUACUUCUUGCUGAGACCAGAGACACUCUUCCUGCUAUGUAUCAGCCUGGCCCUGUGGAGCUACUUCUUCCAUACGGAUGAAGUGAAAACCAUUGUCAAGUCCAGUAGGGAUGCUGUGAAGAUGGUGAAGGGCAAGGUGGCAGAGAUCAUGCAGAAUGACCGGCUCGGGGGUCUGGAUGUGCUGGAUGCUGAGUUUUCCAAGACCUGGGAGUUUAAGAACCACAACGUGGCUGUCUAUUCCAUCCAAGGCCGGAGAGACCACAUGGAGGACAGGUUCGAAGUGAUCACUGACCUGGUGAACAAAACCCAUCCUUCCAUAUUUGGGAUAUUCGAUGGGCACGGAGGAGAGGCAACAGCAGAAUAUGUGAAGACCCGCUUACCUGAAGUCCUAAAACAGCAUCUUCAAGACUAUGAGAAAGACAAGGAGAAUAGUGUAUUAUCUUACCAGACCAUCCUGGAACAACAGAUUCUGUCAAUUGAUCGAGAAAUGCUGGAAAAGUUGACUGUGUCCUAUGAUGAAGCAGGUACAACAUGUCUGAUUGCAUUACUGUCAGAUAAGGAGCUCACGGUGGCCAACGUUGGGGAUUCGAGGGGCGUCUUGUGCGAUAAGGAUGGAAAUGCUAUCCCUUUGUCCCAUGAUCACAAGCCCUAUCAGCUGAAGGAGAGGAAGAGGAUUAAAAGAGCUGGUGGCUUCAUCAGUUUUAAUGGUUCCUGGCGUGUUCAGGGGAUCCUGGCCAUGUCCCGCUCCCUUGGAGAUUAUCCGCUGAAAAAUCUGAACGUUGUCAUCCCUGAUCCAGAUAUCCUCACCUUUGACCUGGACAAACUCCAACCAGAGUUCAUGAUCUUAGCAUCAGAUGGGCUGUGGGAUGCCUUUAGCAAUGAGGAGGCUGUACGGUUCAUCAAAGAACGUUUGGAUGAACCACAUUUCGGAGCAAAGAGUAUAGUCCUGCAGUCGUUUUACAGAGGAUGCCCUGACAACAUAACAGUCAUGGUGGUGAAGUUCAAGAGCAGCAGUAAAACAGAAGACCAGUAAACAUUUCUAAUGUCCCUCUGCCUCUCUCUUGAUGAACUUCUUCAUCAAACCUUUACACUUCAACACAGUAGACAGCUGUAGCAAGUAUAUUAGUAUUAAAACUGUACAUCCAAAAAAGGAAUGAGGAAAAUCACUCUUUGAUAAACAGAGCUACGCAGAAAACACAUUCAAAACCAUUGGUGGUGGGUUUUUU